GAUGCAGUAACCGAAGAUUUGAGAAAAUUUAACAAAAACGAGUGGUGUUGCUCUGUUCUGUUCAUCUUCCUCAUCAUCUCGUCUCCUUGUCUAUAAAUAACAAUAACACACACGAUUUCUCUCCCUCCCUCCCUCCUCCUUCCCCCAAAAUCAUCACAUUUAUCUCCUCUUCACCGUCUCGAAGCUUUCUCAGGAAUGGCGACAACCAUCAAUGGAAGUACUGACUACGGUGCCUACACAUACAAGGACCUCUCAAGAGAACUCUACUGGCCUUCUCAGAAUCUCAAGAUAUCAAUCACCGGCGCCGGGGGUUUCAUAGCCUCCCACAUCGCUCGCCGUCUGAAGCACGAGGGCCAUUACGUCAUUGCCUCCGACUGGAAGAAGAACGAGCACAUGACUGAAGACAUGUUCUGCGAUGAGUUCCACCUCGUUGAUCUCAGGGUCAUGGAGAAUUGCCUCAAGGUCACCGAUGGUGUUGAUCACGUCUUUAACUUGGCGGCUGACAUGGGUGGCAUGGGUUUCAUUCAGUCCAACCACUCGGUGAUCAUGUAUAACAAUACCAUGAUUAGUUUCAAUAUGAUCGAGGCUGCUAGGAUAAAUGGGAUUAAGAGGUUCUUCUAUGCUUCUAGUGCAUGUAUUUAUCCGGAGUUCAAGCAGCUGGAGACUACUAAUGUGAGCCUCAAGGAGUCAGAUGCCUGGCCUGCAGAGCCUCAAGAUGCUUAUGGUCUGGAGAAACUUGCAACGGAGGAGCUGUGCAAGCAUUACAACAAAGACUUUGUUGAGUGCCGCAUUGGAAGGUUCCAUAACAUUUACGGUCCUUUUGGAACAUGGAAAGGUGGAAGAGAGAAGGCUCCAGCUGCUUUCUGCAGAAAGGCUCUUACCUCCACGGAUAGGUUUGAGAUGUGGGGAGACGGGCUUCAAACUCGUUCUUUUACAUUCAUUGAUGAGUGUGUUGAAGGUGUACUCAGGUUGACAAAAUCAGAUUUCCGUGAGCCUGUGAACAUAGGAAGCGAUGAGAUGGUGAGCAUGAAUGAGAUGGCAGAGAUGGUUCUGAGCUUUGAGGAUAAGAAGCUACCGGUUCACCACAUUCCAGGACCAGAAGGUGUUCGUGGCCGUAACUCGGACAACAAUCUGAUCAAAGAGAAGCUUGGUUGGGCUCCAACGAUGAGAUUGAAGGAGGGGCUUAGAAUAACUUACUUCUGGAUAAAGGAACAGAUUGAGAAAGAGAAGGCCAAAGGCAGUGAUGUGUCGCUUUAUGGAUCAUCAAAAGUGGUUGGGACUCAAGCACCGGUUCAGCUCGGCUCACUCCGAGCUGCUGAUGGAAAAGAGUAGAUGGAUGAUGGAGAAUAUGGCCUUGAUCAAUAUAUAAUUAAGGUCAGGAGAAUGUUUAGUUAUACCUUUAAGUAAGCUUUCCUACUAUUAUAUUAAAAAAAAAGCAAUAAGUGUUUUGGAUUUGAGUGUCCUCUUUUGCUAAUGAUCUUGCUUGUUUUAUAAUUACUUUUUUUGGGGUUGAAAAUGUUGUUCCUGUUAAGUUAAAUUAUACUAUGUAUAAGUAUUAUUGUGGUCCUGACACAACAUGUUAAGUUGAUGUUGUGGUACCAGGAAUCUAGUGGCCGAGUUCUUAUAUU